CCUCACCAUCGAGCCGUGGCUAUAAGCCAGGCCGCUCCCUUCGGUUCCCAUCUGCCCGGCUUCUGUUUCCCUGCCUGGCUCCUGUCUUCCUUCUGCGCCCCACUCCUCUGGCGACACCAUGCCCGAGGCCUCUCGCAGGCGACACCAUCCGGCCACCGCAAAGCUCGAGUCCGAUGAACAGGAGGCCCUUGGCGUCUCCUCUGUGGACUCGGACGAUGCUGAGCAGCUCGACGCCCACAGCGCCUAUACCCAGUUCAGCAGCAUCAUCCCGACCACCGACGACCCCUCCAUCCCGUGCUUCACCGUCCGGGCCCUGGUUCUGGCCAUCUUCUUCAGCGUCCUCACUUCCACUGUCAACGUUGUGCUCUCCUUCCGCACGAACGCAUUCUCCAUCCCGGCCUAUGUCGCUGUGAUUAUCUCCUACCCUAUCGGCAUUUUCCUGUCCAAGGUCGUUCCCGAUGUCCGCUUCAGGUGUCUGGGAUACGAGAACUCGCUCAACCCCGGCCCCUUCUCCAUCAAGGAGCACGUCCUGAUCUACAUCAUGUCCAACUCGGCCACUCCGUAUGGCAUCGACAACGUCGUCGGCCAGGUUGCCCCCAUCUACCUCAACGACACCUCCAUCCAGAUCUGGCAGUCCAUUCUCUGGAUCCUCGCAACCCAGUGCCUCGGUCUCGGUCUCGCCGGCAUGGCCCGUGAGUUCCUGAUCAAGCCCGCUGCCAUGUACUGGCCCGGCAACAUGGGCAUCCUGGCGCUCUUUGCUUCUUUCCACGACGCCCGGAUGUCUGCCGCCGACUCUACCUCCAAGCACAAGAUGUCGCGCUUCAAGUUCUUCUGGAUCGCCUUUGGGGCCGCUAUGGCCUGGUAUUUCGUCCCAGGCUUCAUCGCUCCGGCACUCCAGAUGAUCUGCAUCCUCUGUUUCUUCCGCUCCGGCGCCAACAGCCUGGUCAACAUCUUUGGCUCGGCCAGCCAGGGGGUGGGCAUCCUCACCCUCACCCUCGACUGGUCCCAGUUCAACGGCUUUAUAUCUCCCCUGACCUCUCCGUUCUGGGCUAACUGUGUGCUCCUGAUCGGCUACAUCAUUUGGGGCUGGAUUGUUGUCCCUAUCGCCUACGUCAACAACCUGUGGGACGCCAAGUUCAUUGGAUGUCCACAGCCCGGCCCCAACGGAUGUGGCUUCCUGAAUGGCAACGGUCUCUUCAACGGCUCCAACCUCGGUCAGCACCUGAGCGGCCACAUUCUGCUCAAUCCCACCACCUUUGAGCUCGACCUCAACGAGUAUGCCACCGCCGCCCCCGUCCACCUCGGCAUGACCUUCAUCUUUGUCUAUGCUGCCUCCUUCAUCACCAUUUCGGCAUCGAUCACACAUGUGGCCCUCUGGUAUGGCCGCGACAUUGUACAACAGGCCCGUGUGGCCUUGAAGGAGGUGCGCUUCCAGUCGAGCCACGAGGACAUCCACAACAGGCUCAUGGCUGCCUACCCCGAAGUCAGCAAUCUGGCCUAUCUUUGCAUCUUUCUCGUGUCCACGGCCCUGAUGUUCGUCGUCGGUCUUGCCACCCCCUACAAGCUCCAGUGGUGGGGCAUCAUCCUGGCCAUCGCGAUCGGCAUCAUCUUCAUCAUUCCCCUCACCACCAUCACUGCCCUCUCGGGCCAGUACAUUGGUCUCAACGUCCUGACCGAGUUUGUCAUUGGCCUGAUGAUCCCGGGUCAACUCGUCCCCGUCAUGUCCUUCAAGUCCCUUGGCUACAACACCAUGAUCCAGGCCCAGACCCUCCUCAACGAUCUCAAGAUCGGCCACUACAUGAAGGUGCCUCCCCGCGCCAUGGUUACCGGCCAGGUCAUCGGUGCCAUUCUCUCUGCCCUGAUCUGCGUCCCCGUCGCCACCUCCUUUACGCUCUCGCCGCUCUUUGGCAAAGGUGACUGGCGCGCCAUUGGAUACGGUGUGUUCUACUCUGCCGGCACCAUCUGGGGAGCCAUCGCCCCCGCCCGUUUCUUUGGCUACGGUGCUCUCUACCACGACGUUCUCUAUGCUUUUCCUGUCGGCUUCCUACUCCCCAUCCUUCCCUGGCUCGGCAACAAGGUCUACAAGCACCCUUACUGGCACCUGGUCAACAUCCCCAUCAUGGCCAACUGGUUCGGCCCCCAGACCGGCAACAUGAACACCAUCCUGACCCCAUUCAUCGUCGCCUUCGUUUUCCAGUACUAUCUCUUCCGCUACAAGAGCGAGUGGUGGCGCAAGUACAACUUUGUGCUCUCUGUUGCACUGGACUCGGGCGUCGGCAUCGGCUCGGUCCUCAUCGGCACUCUGGAGCUGCUCUUCCAACAAACCGACGGCAAUGGCAAUCCAGUUGGAGGUUUCCUGAUGCCCACAUGGUUCCUGAACCCCAACGGCCCUGCGGACUUUUACUGUUUUGAUGUCGACUAUUUUGGAAAUCCAACAGCCAAGUAAAUGCUGCAGGAUACUAGCUUUGCCUGGUUGCGCGGCUCUUGGUUCUCGCUCGUCUUUUCCCUAUGAUCUCUUGGAGCAUCCGACUCUUCCUUUCUAUUUUUGCUAUUUCAACUUCGUCGUCGUCGCGCCUUGA